AUGCUCCGCCGCGGCGUGCUCCUCCUCGCGGCCGUCCUCCUCCUCGCCGUCGCACACUCGCCCCCCGCGUACGCCUCGGAGGCCGACCACAAGUAUAAAACAGAAGAACCUGUUAAGCUAUGGGUAAACAAGGUUGGGCCUUACAAUAAUCCUCAAGAAACUUACAACUAUUACAGUCUCCCAUUUUGUCAACCAUCUGAAAACCCUGCACAUAAAUGGGGUGGUCUCGGAGAGGUCCUUGGUGGAAAUGAGCUGAUUGAUAGUCAGAUCGAUAUAAAGUUCAUAAAGAAUGUGGACAAGGGGGCCAUUUGCACAAUUGAACUUGAUGCUCAAAAGGUUCAGCAAUUUGCUAAUGCCAUUGAAAACUCAUAUUGGUUUGAGCUUUUCAUAGGUUUUGUUGGGGAGACUGACAAAAACAAUGAGAACAAGCACUACCUUUACACUCAUAAGAACAUUGUUAUUAAAUACAAUGGUAACAGGAUAAUUCAUGUGAAUCUAACGCAAGAGUCACCUAAGCUUCUUGAAGCUGGUAAAAAGUUGGAUAUGACUUAUUCAGUAAAGUGGGUGCAAACAAAUGUGGCAUUUGCACGCAUGCGUUUCGAGGUUUACUUAGACUACCCAUUCUUUGAACACCAGAUUCAUUGGUUCUCCAUGUUCAAUUCAUUCAUGAUGGUUAUUUUCUUGACUGGUUUAGUGUCAAUGAUAUUGAUGAGGACACUAAGAAAUGAUUAUGCAAAAUAUGCUCGUGAAGAUGACGAUCUGGAAUCACUUGAGCGAGAUGUUAAUGAGGAACCGGGUGGAAGCUUGUUCAUGCUGGCAGCUCUUAUCCUGCUUGUGAUUGUGUUGGCCAUUGUUGGCAUGUUAUAUGUUGGGCGAGGAGCUAUCAUCACAACCUUUAUUGUGUGCUAUGCUCUUACAUCUUUCAUCUCUGGAUAUGUUAGUGGUGGUCUCUAUUCAAGGAAUGGUGGCAAAAACUGGAUAAAGGCUAUGAUCCUUACAGCAUCACUUUUUCCAUUCUUGUGUUUCUCGAUUGGAUUGGUGUUGAACACUAUUGCUAUCUUCUACCGAUCAUUAGCAGCUAUACCAUUUGGCACAAUGGUUGUCAUGUUUGUUCUUUGGGCUUUCAUCUCCUUCCCGUUGGUUCUAUUGGGGACUGUAGUUGGUAGAAAUUGGAGUGGUGCUCCCAACAACCCGUGUCGUGUGAAAACGAUCCCACGCCCUAUUCCUGAGAAGAAGUGGUACCUUACACCUUCUGUUAUUUCAUUGAUAGGUGGACUUCUCCCCUUUGGCAGUAUCUUCAUUGAGAUGUACUUCGUAUUCACUUCCUUCUGGAACUACAAGGUGUACUAUGUCUAUGGUUUCAUGUUGCUGGUCUUUGUCAUCCUGAUAAUAGUCAUCAUAUGUGUCACUAUUGUGGGUACUUAUUUCUUGUUGAAUGCUGAGAACUAUCAUUGGCAAUGGACAUCAUUCUUCUCUGCUGCUUCUACCGCCUUGUGCUGUUGGGUAUUUGGGCUCCACCCUAUUUGUGAGGAGAAUCUACAGAAAUAUCAAAUGCGACUAAACUUGGUCGAGGCUGUUAGCAUGUCUUGUCACAGUAUGGAGCACCUCAUCGGCGGUGAUGGCGCACCGGAUCUGCUCGAGGUUGACGCCCAGGACCGUGGACGGGUACACGAAGAGCAGGUCGAGCAGGCGGAGGUCCCACGCGGGGAGGUCGCAGCGCCGCAUCAUGGUGGACAUGUCGAUCUCCAACGUCUGCACGGAGGCCGUGGCGGCCUCGACACGGAUCCACGUGUGCCGCCGCCGUGCUUCUUGAGGUUGGGGAUGUCGAGUCCCCCAGGGAAGUGGUGGCCGGUGGACCUCGGGGGCGCGGACAGGAGCGUGGGCGAGGAGGCCGACGUGACGUGGGACGGCAUCUCCAGUUUGCCCCUGAAUGAUGAGCUAAUAUUUGGAGAGCUUAAUCCAGUGAGGGCCGCAACCUCCGCUUCCUCGUCCUCCUCCACCGUGGACUUGAAGGCCUGCUGUGCCAAGCCCGUGGACAUCUUCCUGCGCCUGUGGAGCUCGGACAUUGGGGACUCCUUCCGCCGGAACCGCAAGACGGCGGGGGUGCCCGCGCUUCUUCCUCCGGCGCCCGUCAUCAAGAGGAAGCAUGACGCGAUGAUGAUCAAGCAGGAGCCGCAGGCGCUGCUGCUCGGCCCCGGGGACGACUUCUCGGCGGAGUCCAACGAAACGGAGGUGGCGGAGGCGCUGGAGGAGUACCAGAUGUUCCUCGACUUCGCCGGCGAAGAGCUGGGACUGUUCCAUGGCCGGCACGGCGGCUUCUCGCUGUUCCCACCGCUCGACGUGCUCGCCGAGGCGUUCAAGUGA